AUGGAUUUAUUUUCGAGUGACAGUGAUCUCGAGAUUUUAGCUCGGUUAUCGGACUGCGACACUCAUGACAGCGACGGUGAACAAGAAAGAUUUGUAGAGAAAAUCUGCGAGUCAGUGGAAAUACCAAUCCUCACAAGAUGCUGCUUCUGUUUUCCACUACGAAAGGGCCUGAUGACCUAUGCAUACUUCAACACAAUCCUGUCGAUAUUAGACGUUGCAAUGCUAUCAUACAUAGCGUCCAGCCGUUCAACAGAUCUGACAGACCAAUCGGAAUACCCUCGACUCAUUGUUGACACCUCAUUUUUAGUGCUGGAGAUCGUCAUGUCUGUGAUGUUCAUCGCUGCAUUACAUAUGAAACACGUGCUACUCAUGAAAGUAUUCCUCUACUUCGAGAUCGUGUUCUCCAUCGUCAGCUUUAUCUACAGUCUGGUCUUCCUGGGUGAGGAAACGGCCAGCGAGCUCUUCUUAAUAUUAUUCCUAAUAACGCUACAAGUAUACUUGGUGAUCCUCAUAUGGAGUUCAAUAGUGAAGAUGGAGCGAGACGAUUCCGUAAAGUACACGCGAGAAAGAGAUAAUGUCUAA